AUAAAGUGGAAGCAAAACAAGACUAAAAUCCUCGUUGACUGAAACGACAUCAGAGUCGCGACGCCAUCGGAACGUCGAAAUCGGCCACACGUUGUUGAGACUAGAGUUGCAAGAGAAGAGGAGCCGAGAGAUAAUCAUGGAAGCGAAGUUAAAGAAAGAGUUAGGCACGAGCGUGCUGAAAUCCACUGGUCACGCAGGAGGAGGAUGUAUCAGCGAGGGUCAGAGUUAUGAGACCGACACAGGAAGAGUGUUUGUAAAGAUUAACCGCAAGAGCGAGGCCAAACGGAUGUUUGAUGGAGAGAUGGCAAGCUUGGAAGCAAUCUUUAAAACCAAAACCGUUAAAGUACCAAAGCCCAUAAAGGUGGUUGAGCUGGAUAAGGGAGGAUGUGUAUUUGUGAUGGAGCAUCUGGACAUGAACGGUCUUAACAAGUUCUCAAAGCAGCUUGGAGAGCAACUUGCAGAUCUGCAUCUACACAACAAAAGGCUCAUGGGAAAUCAACAGAAGGAGCAGCAGACUGUGGGUAAAGGAGCUGGACAGUCAGAGGCGGCUGCUGUAGAGAAAUUUGGCUUUGAUGUAGCUACAUGCUGUGGAUAUUUACCGCAGGAGAAUGAAUGGCAGGAUGACUGGGUGUCAUUUUACUGCCAGCACCGUCUACAGCACCAACUCAACUUGGUGGAGAAAUCAUAUGGAGAUCGGGAGGCCAGAGACCUAUGGGCUCAGCUACAGCUAAAGGUCCCACAGUUUUUCACAGAUGUGGAGAUCUUUCCUGCUCUCCUUCAUGGAGACUUAUGGGGAGGAAAUGUGGCUGAGUGUCCGGAGGGUCCUGUCAUAUUUGACCCUGCUUCUUUCUAUGGUCAUUCAGAAUAUGAGCUUGGCAUCGCUGGCAUGUUUGGUGGCUUCAACAGCUCCUUUUACUCUGCGUAUCACGAUAAGAUUCCAAAAGCACCUGGCUUUUCAGAGAGAAACCAGCUUUACCAGCUCUUCCACUAUCUGAAUCACUGGAACCAUUUUGGCGUAGGCUACAGGGGUUCUUCAGUUAGGAUUAUGAAGAACUUACUCAAGUAGGCAUUUGAGGGAACCUUUACAGUCUUAAUGAUGCAUAUUAUUUUGGUAAUCUGACAAAGAUUAAAUGGCAAAUUCCCAAAGCUACUUACAGAGUAUUUAAAAUAUUGUGCAGGAAAUGAAUAGUUACUGUAACAUAAACCAGUUCUACUCUGACAGCGGCACUUUCACCAAUCUGCUUCCAAAAUCUAAAUGAGCAUUACGGUAAACUGCUGCUGCCUGACGAUGAGACACCUUUGCCAUUCGGCUUUGCCGUAUUUCAGUAAAUCUUUUCAAAUCCUUGUUGUUGAAUACUUGAUCUGCAUAAACUAUUACUGUUAGGUUGUCUUCUGCUGAACCACAGAUACAUGCUGCAUUCAUUUCAAGUGUGUCUGAAUCAACAUUUUUAUAUUUGCUUUUUCUUACCUAAGAUGAAAAGUAAUGAAACUUUCAUAUGUGUAUCAGUGUAAAGAACUAUGUACAAUCAAGUAUUAAAUAACAACUUUUGCUGUAAAUUC